UGUCCCUCGACAGGUCGAAGAAGGGCAUAAACGAGAGGCCCUGUGUAUUGCGCCGUCGACGACGCAGCAACAAUGCUCCAGGCAGCGGGCUCACUCAAUGGGCUGCCAAGAUCAAGUCCCUGUAUUCCAGAUUUGAGAGCGUAGGUGGAACGACACGGCAGGACUCUUGGCAAUUCGACGCGCUUAGAAGCAUAGACUAUGGGUACUGCUCCGGCAGACCGACGUUGCAUAGCGUUCGUGACUCUGAUGCAGAAGAUUGUGGCAGAUGCCGUCGCCUUGACACGAGAUCACCGGCAUGUCUGCAAUGGAAAGUGGGCGGGAACAGGCGCUUGGCGAUUUGUUUACACGUUCACACGUGUUCUUCCUCGAGCCUCUUUGGGUACACUUGACUGCGACUCGUCUCUUCGCCCCCGGACCGAUCCGCAGAAAGCUGAGGCUGAGAUGCUCGGCCGGCCGGGAAUGCCAGCAGCCAGCAUCAACACGACACGCUUGGGACUGGCGACUGGCGACCGAUGGAUGAUGUGAGGUCGUUGUGCGCACGAAGAUGCAACUACGUACAAUGCGCCAAGACCCAAGCCACGCGUCGGUGCUUCGA